AUGCUGCAUAUUACAACAAAGGGUAGGGAGACUAACCUGUUCGCGGAGAAGAAGAAGACAACCUUGGCGCGCCUCGCAGAGAAGAAGCAGGUUCACGGAGAAGAGAAGAAGAAGCAGAAAUUGAUAGGUGCACCUAGCAUUUCCCUCUUUCUCCCAACUCACGAAGCCAUUGCCACGAGCCUUCUCUCCAAGCGCUGGAAGCCGUUGUGGCAUUCCGUCCCCGCCUUCGACCUCGACGAUGAACCGUUUCUCCAAAACGACAAACCCUACUCCUCCUUCUUGACGUUCGCCUACGUCGCCAUUCUCUCUCGCAACCCCUCCCACUCCAUCACGCACUUCCACCUCAACUCCAGCGUGUGCCGAAACCAAAACGACCUCCUCCAUUUCAACAUAUGGCUAAACGCCAUCGUUGUUCAGCUUGACGUCAAACACCUCCAAAUCGAGGCACCGCGAAAUCACAGUCUGGCGCUGCUCCAAAUUUUGAGCAGCAUCUUCAACUACAAAACGCUCGUCGUUCUCAAGCUGUGUCGGUUGUUUGUGGACAGUAACAGUGUUGAGUCCGUACACUUGCCAGAGCUCAAAACUCCGCCUUUGGAUGAUGCUAGGAUGUUGGAGACCCGGUAUCUUCCCCAUUGUAGAGGAUUUGCAAAGCGACUAAGGUUUUAAUUUCUCCCCACUCAGUUGUUCUAGAGUUUCAGAGCAUGCCCAAGUUGCUGAGGGCUAAUAUUUAUGAAAAUUACGGGUUUGAGAUUCCUUUGGAGGCACUUUGUAAUGUGGAGUAUCUACGAUUCUGUCUAGUCACUGAUCAACCACCAAGUACGCUUUCCUUGGUUUCACAAUUUUAUUCAUUUGGAGCUCAUCUUUGGGAGAUUUAUGAACUGGCAUUUGAUGUUGGAAAUGCUCAAGCAUUGCCCCACGCUUCAAACUUUUGUGCCUAAUUUUUUCCUGUUGAAAGGUAUUCUCGCGAGGUUUGGUAUUAUACAGAGUAUGGUCCUGAAUGCAUUUCUUCAUAGCUAAGAAAGUGCACUGUUCUGAAUUAUAAAGACAAGGUCUGCAAGCUGCUAUUUGUGAAAUAUAUUGCUGAAUUCAAGAACUUUACAUACCUUGACAAUCCAUAAUCCACAAUUUACAGCAUCAGCAUUACUUAUUCCUUGAAUCUUUGGGACUGCUGGGCAAGCUUGAAAAGCUACAAGAAUUGAUGGUGUUUCUGAGGAGCUGUGCAAAUUGCGAACUUUUAUUUAUAUGAUUACAUAUAUAGGCUUCUAGAUAGGUGCAAAUUGUUCUUGGAUGAUUACAUUUUCAGUUUGGCUUCUACAUUAAUGCAACUCAUUAUUUUCGAGUGU